AUGUCUGAUCGCUCCAGAUAUUAUAUUCUUGGGGCUUUCCUGUUGGGCAUCGCCCUCACUACUGCAUACCAUAAGAAGACGUCGAUAGAAGCAUCCGAUGACGCAAGUCAAAAACGACUUUUGGCACACCAGCAAAAAUGGUUAUCGCAACUCGCAAAGAUUAACGACCUAGAAACGUUGAAGAAAAGUCUACUAGAGUUUGGCGAAGACAACGUCGCAGAUGACAUCAAAGAAGGCAUCGAAGGAUGCAUAGGCGGCACACCUCUCAUCAAGAUUAAGUCGCUUUCUGAAUUCACAGGAUGUGACAUAUUCGCAAAAGCUGAGUUCCUUAACGGAGCCGGCAACAGUCCGAAAGAUAGGGUCGCUCUGAGCAUCAUCGAAAUGGCUGAAGAGAGGGGGCUUCUCGUCCCACACUCUGGUGACACCGUCUAUGAAGGCACUGUGGGGAGCACUGGCAUUUCACUAGCCGCCAUCUGUAGAGCACGAGGCUACAAAGCACAUAUCUGCAUGCCAAAUGACAUGGCAAUCGAGAAGUCAGAUCUUCUCCUAAAGCUUGGUGCCGAAGUAGAAAGAGUGCGACCAGCGCCUAUCGUGGAUCAGAAGCAAUUUGUCAAUCUCGCACGAUCACGAGCGGAAGAGCAUACUGCAAGUUCCGACAAGCCAGGAAGAGGAUUGUUCGCCGAUCAAUUCGAAACAGAAGCCAAUUGGCGCGCACACUUCACUGGCACAGGACCUGAAAUCUACGAGCAAACUGGGCGUCAUGUGGAUGCUUUCGUUAGCGGCGCUGGUACUGGAGGGACUAUCUCUGGAGUUGCCUUAUUUCUGAAGUCCAAGUUACCCAACCUCAAAGUCGUUCUGGCAGAUCCUCCGGGCAGUGGCUUGUUCAACCGUGUCAAGUACGGCGUCAUGUUCGACCCCAAGGAAAGAGAAGGAACGCGGCGGCGCCACCAGGUGGAUACCAUCGUCGAAGGGAUUGGCAUCAACAGAGUGACACAUAACUUCGAUGUUGGCCGAGAGCUGAUCGAUGACGCUAUCAGAGUGAACGACGACCAAGCGAGUUCCAUGGCGCGCUGGUUGGUCGAACAUGAUGGCAUCUUCGUUGGAAGCUCUAGUGCUGUGAACUGUGUGGCUGCCACGAAACUUGCAAAGACACUCGGUCCUGGACACCGCAUCGUCACGAUUCUAUGCGACAGUGGCGCAAGACAUUUGAGCAAGUUCUGGAAGAAUACCGAACCCAUUGGUGGCGCCGAGAACGAUGUGUCUCUCCAAGCCAUUCUCGACGCUUAA